GGGGCGGAGCCUGCAGCCCCCGGCCGGGCAGCUGUCCGGUGCGGCGGGACGCGGAGGCCCGGCGCGGCCAUGCGGGUCCCGGGCUCCGGCUCGAGUCCCUGCUCCGGCCACGACCCGAGCCCAGGCUCCGGCUCCAGCCCCGACGCCAGCUCCAGCCCCGGCCCCGGCCCCGGCGCGGCGCGGCUACCCCGGCGGAGGCGGCGGGCGCGGGGCGCGCUCUGAGGUCCGGGGGAUGCGCGGCCGCCGCGACCAUGGGCGUCGCCGCCUCCCGGAGGAGGGCGCUGAGGAGCGAGGCCAUGUCCUCGGUGGCGGCCAAAGUGCGCGCGGCCCGAGCGUUCGGCGAGUACCUGGCCCAGAGUCACCCUGAGCACCGGAACGGAGCAGACCACCUGCUGGCCGACGCCUAUUCCGGCCACGACGGGUCCCCAGAGAUGCCGCCGCCUCCUCAGAACAAGCGCCGCCUCUCCACCGUCUCCAGCGGCCGCUCCGACGGCAGCCCCCCGCAGGAGGCCGUGUGCAGGAGGCCGGUGGGCGAGGGCCCCCAGCCGCGCGUGUACACCAUCUCUGGGGAGCCGGCCCUGCUGCCCAGCCCCGAGGCCGAGGCCAUGGAGCUGGCGGUGGUGAAGGGGCGCCAGCCUCGGGAGCGACAGAGCGCGCACCACCACAGCCAGCCCCUGCGGGCCAGCCCUGGCAGCAGCCACGAGGACGUCAGCGGGUCCUGCCAGAGCUGGGCAGGGAGCCGCCAGGCCUCCAGAGAGUGUCCUGGCUGUGCCCAGCUGGCCCCCAGCCCUUCCCCCCGGGCCUUCGCUCUGGACCAGCAGCCUCCACCUGAGGGCACCAGCCGACGCAAGAAGCUGGAGAGGAUGCACAGCGUGGACCGCGUGUCGGGUGAGGGUGCCCCGACCCCGGCUGAUGACACCCCAAUCCGUACCUGGUUCCCCAAGGAAAACCUCUUCACUUUCCAGACAGCCACCACAACUAUGCAAGCGGUGUUCAGGGGCUACGCGGAGAGGAAACGCCGGAAACGGGAGAAUGAUUCCGCGUCGGUAAUCCAGAGGAACUUCCGCAAACACCUGCGCAUGGUGGGCAGCCGGCGGGUGAAGGCGCAGACCUUUGCUGAGCGGCGGGAGCGGAGCUUCAGCCGGUCCUGGAGCGACCCCACCCCCAUGAAAGCCGACACUUCCCACGACUCCCGAGACAGCAGCGAUCUGCAGGGCUCUCACUGCACCCUGGGCGAGGCCUUGGAGGACCUGGACUGGGAGACUGAGAAAGGCCUGGAGGCCGUUGUCUGUGACUCCGAGGGCUUCCUGCCCCCCAAGGUCAUGCUCAUCUCGUCCAAGGUGCCCAAGGCUGAGUACAUCCCCACCAUCAUCCGCAGGGAUGACCCAUCCAUCAUCCCCAUCCUCUACGACCACGAGCACGCCACCUUUGAGGACAUCUUGGAGGAGAUAGAGAAGAAGCUGAACAUCUACCACAAGGGGGCCAAGAUCUGGAAGAUGCUCAUCUUUUGCCAGGGCGGCCCCGGGCACCUGUACCUCCUCAAGAACAAGGUGGCGACCUUCGCCAAAGUGGAGAAGGAAGAGGACAUGAUCCACUUCUGGAAGCGUUUGAGCCGCCUGAUGAGCAAAGUGAACCCUGAACCGAACGUCAUCCACAUCAUGGGCUGCUACAUUCUGGGGAACCCCAAUGGGGAGAAGCUGUUCCACAACCUCAGGACCCUCAUGACCCCUUACAGGGUCACCUUUGAGUCCCCUUUGGAGCUGUCAGCCCAAGGGAAGCAGAUGAUCGAGACCUACUUCGACUUCCGGCUGUACCGCCUGUGGAAGAGCCGGCAGCAUUCCAAGCUGCUGGACCUGGAGGACGUCCUGUGAGGGGUCCUCGCACCCCACCCCGCGCUCAGGUCCCUCCGGAACCAGCGCCAUGUCCUCCCCUGCGGCUCCCUGUGAUCAGUGACCGUGUGGACCCCUCUCCCGCGUGUCCAGGCCCUCCCGUCCCGUCUGAUCACCAGCACCAGGACAGCCCCUCUGGGCUAAGGCGCACCUGUGUCUGCGUCC